UGAUUCAAGCUUCCUCCUUCCUCCUUCCUGCUUCACAGCAUUGAUCCGAUUUAAAAUUCCUCCAUCGAUUUCUCGGGUGUCCCCGGCAUCCUUGUGAAAGACACACACGCCUUCCCGUCAUGUGACCCGAUUAGUCAAGCCUGACGUCGACCAUCCAUCUCGUCGAUCCCAACCGGCUCUCCCGCGCUCACAGCGUCAUCUUCUGCAUCCCUCAAUCAUGUGGCUUCAAUGACGGCUCCAUCAAUCCGUAUUCCCUUCACUGGCCCUCUGCCUCCGCCAAUUAUCGUUCCCCCGUCCGCUCGCACGGUCUCGGGUGCCAUUGAUGCCCUCCUAAACUUCUUAACGGCCCCUCCGUCCCCCUACCUGCGCGGCGUCGAUGUGGGCAGGUAUUCGCAGACGGUGCUCUUGACUGGCGCUGGCAUUUCCGUGGCAUCCGGAUUGUCCGACUACCGGGGUGAGAAUGGCACGUACGUCACGAACAAGACAUAUCGACCUAUCUACUACCACGAGUUUGUCACGCGCCAUGAGUCCCGCAAGCGAUACUGGGCUCGGAGCUUUGUUGGGUGGCCGGGUCUCCUCAAGGCAAAGCCAAACUCAACGCACUGGUCGAUCAGAGACAUUGGCGCAAAGGGCUAUAUCAGCUCGGUGGUAACCCAAAACGUCGACUCCUUCCAUUCUGUCGCACAUCCCGAGUUACCCACGCUUGAACUCCACGGCUACUUACGGUCGGUGGUCUGCAUCAAUUGUCGCAACCAGGUUCCGCGGAACAAGUUUCAGAAACAGCUCGAGGGGCUGAACCCGGCCUGGGCAGAAUUUCUCGCGAAGAUGGUCGACAUCGGCGCUCUGAAUACGGACAACCCCGAGGAGCAGCGGCGGAGGGGCUUCAAAAUCAACCCGGAUGGCGAUGUAGAUCUACCUGAGGCUCCAUAUUCCACCUUCCGGUAUCCAGCCUGUCCCACCUGCUUGGAGAAACCGCCUCGAUUGCCGGACGGGACUGCCGCUAGGGUGGAAGUAGAGCGCGAUGGGGCCUGGCUUCCUAGUUCUACGGCUGGGAUUUUGAAACCGGCGGUUAUUAUGUUUGGGGAAAACAUCGAUCCAAGCGUAAAGCUGGGGGCAGAAGAGGCUAUCGAUGACGCAGGCCGGCUCCUGGUUCUGGGGAGCAGUCUCGCCACAUACUCGGCAUGGCGGCUAGUGGAACGGGCCUAUAAGCGGGGGAUGCCUAUUGGCAUUAUCAACAUCGGAGGCGUCCGAAACGAGUCGAUACUGUUUGCCCAGGCGGAGCGCGAAAGCAGUGCUGUCGGCCAGCAUAUCCGUUGCAGUCUCCCCUCGCAGGAAAUCCUAGGCCCGGUGGCGGCACACCUGGAUUCUCUUGGGCAUUGAUGUGUGCCUUGUGUAUAGAGUGCGAGAGAUGAUGUGAUGUGUAUAGAAGAGACGAGUCCAUAUAAGCAUAUACAACCGACGGGAUGCCUACUACCAGGGC